AACCCUGGGGAUAGCUUCUCUCACCUCCGUAUGCCAUGGCUUUCGACCCCUCCACCGGCUAUGUCGCCCCCAGCGGCCUGCAGGGCCUCGAGGACCAGUCCCUCCCCAUAUUCAACAUCGAACUCGUGAAUCUCAAGUUCGACAAGCCCUCUGACUUCGUCGCCGCUCAAGUCGCGAACAACGUCUUGAUCCUCGCCUUUGAAACAGGCCGCAUCCUCAGGUUCGACCUCGACAGCCCGGAAGACAUUGACGACGUCGAUCUCCCCAAGAGGCCCUCAGAGAUUGGCGUCAUUCGACGCAUGUUCCUCGACCCUUCUGCCUCUCACCUGAUCAUCACCACCACCCUCGGCGAGAACUUCUACCUCCACACCCAAAGCCGCACCCCCAAACCGCUCUCCAAACUGAAAAGUGUGCCGAUCGAAUGCAUCUCGUGGAAUCCCUCCGAACCCACCGCUUCUACCCGCGAAAUCUUGGUUGGCGCCUCCGAUGGAACCGUCUACGAAGUUUACAUUGAGCCGUCAGCCGAGUUUUACCGUCGGGAGGAGAGAUACCUCAAGGCGGUCCACAAGGCCGACGGCCCAAUCGUGGGACUAUGGACCGACGCAAUCCCUGGGCGGUCAGACAUGCGCCGGAUAAUGGUAGCCACGCCAACAGAUCUCCAACAUUUUGUGGGAAAGGUCGGCAGGCAUGGGCGCGAAGGUAGCGGGUCCAUUUACUCCAGGUUAUUCGAGGCCGAAGGCCCGACGGUCUAUGAACUGGAUGGCGGGUCUCGACCGGCGCCUUCAAUGCUCGCCGUUUCUCCCGAUCCACAGGACAUAUCGUCUUCUACUGCCUCACUCAGCGGUUCGGGCGAACAUGAGAGGGCAUUCGCAUGGCUGUCAUCACAAGGUGUCGUCCAUGGCAAACUACUGACGUCUUCCGAGUCUUCUAGCCUGGGCAAUGUAGUUUUCUCCGGGGCAAAGAUGUAUCCGAGAUCGAAGCUUCCGCCGACGCAGACAGCCGGUGGCCGACCAAAAGCGGUGCAGGAACCGACGCACUCCAUGAUCCUCAGCAAUUGGCACAUUCUCCAGCUUGUGGAUGGGCGUGUUGUUGCGACUAACCGACUGGAUGACACCGUGGCCUAUGACCAGGUGGUACUCGAGCCGGACGAGGUCCCGCUCGGCCUCGUCAUUGACCAAAAGAAGAGCACUUUCUGGCUAUUCACAAAGCAAGAUGUUUUUGAGAUAAGCGUCUAUGACGAGAGCAGGGAUAUUUGGAAGAUCUUAUUGAACGCGCAGCAGUUCGAGGCAGCAUCUCAAUAUGCUAAAACUCCGGCCCAAAAAGACGCCGUAGCUACUGCUUCUGGUGAUUACCUUGUUAACCGGGGGCAGUUUCUAGAGGCUGCGAGUGUCUAUGGUCGGAGUACUAAGCCUUUUGAGCAAGUUGCACUUACAUUUAUCGAUCAUGGAGAGCAAGAUGCGCUACGGAAAUAUCUUUCGACCAAGCUUGCAACGAUCAAAAAGUCUGCCACCAUGCAGCGCAUUUUGCUUGCCACUUGGCUCGUAGAGAUGUAUAUCUCGAAGCUCAAUACUCUGGAUGAUAGCAUAGGCACACGGGCUGAGCUUUCUGAAGGAAUGAACACUACUGAUACUGAAAACCAGCUGUCUGUCACCCGGAAGGAGUUCCAGGACUUUGUCACCAAGUACAAGUCCGACCUUGACCGUAAAACUGUCUAUGAGAUCAUCAGCAGUCACGGUCGUGAGGAGGAGCUCCUGUACUUUGCUACUGUCGUUAACGAUUAUAACUAUGUCCUCGCAUAUUGGGUCCAGAGGGAACGGUGGCCAGAGUCAUUGACUGUGUUGAAGAAGCAAACCGUUCCGGAGAUCUUCUACAAGUAUAGCAGUGUUCUCAUGGCCAAUGUUCCCGUUGAAUUCGUCGAGAUUCUGAUGAGACAAGCAAACCUCGAUGCGCGGAAGCUCAUCCCCGCGCUCUUGAACUACAACAAGCUCACGCAAGGCUCGCUUUCCCAGAACCAAGCAGUGCGUUAUCUUCAGUUCGAGAUCAACCAACAUCAUUCGACCGAUGCCGCUGUGCAUAACACCCUCAUCUCCAUCUACGCGUCGCAUCCUUCCCGGGAUGAAUCUGCACUUCUUUCUUACCUUGAAGCUCAGUCGUAUGCUCAAGAACAAAACUACGACGCGGACUUUGCACUCCGUCUCUGCAUCCAGCACAAGCGUGUUCAAAGCUGCGUCCACAUCUACAGCUCGAUGUCACAAUACGUGCAAGCUGUGGACCUCGCUCUCAAGUAUAAUGAGAUCGACCUCGCCAGCUCUGUCGCUGACCGCCCCGAAUCGGAUCCCGCACUCCGCAAGAAGCUGUGGCUCGCCGUUGCCAAGAAGGUCAUUUCUCAAUCAACAGGCAUAAAACCAGCCAUCGAUUUCUUGAAACGUUCGGAUCUGCUUCGCAUCGAGGACCUGAUCCCCUUCUUCCCAGACUUUGUCGUCAUCGACGACUUCAAGGACGAGAUUUGCGCCGCCCUCGAGGAGUACUCGAGACAGAUUGAUGCGCUGAAGAAGGAGAUGGACGAGAGCACGCAGACUGCGACGCACAUCAAGGCCGAGAUCCGGCAACUUGACACACGCUACGCCAUCGUUGAGCCCGGCGAAAAGUGCUACAUCUGCCGGCUGCCGCUGCUUGCGAAGCAGUUCUUCGUGUUCCCCUGCCAGCAUGCCUUCCACAGCGAGUGCUUGGGCAAGAAGGUCGUCAAGCUAGCAGGCGUGUGGAAGGCGACGAGAAUCAAGGAGCUGCAGACGGAGGUGUCGAGAGGGACGAGCAUUGGGCUAAAGAGGGAGAGGGCCGCGAAGGAGUUGGAUGAGCUUGUGGCUGGUGCUUGUGUUCUUUGCAGCGAACUUGCUGUCAAGCAGAUUGACGAGCCAUUCGUGGUUGCUGGGGAGACGAACGAGUGGGCGCUGUAAAAAUGAGGAGGGGUUGAUGUAGACUUGAGAUGUGCAUUGCAAGGAGACAGGAGAUACCCGCGGUUCAAUGAAUAAAUGAAUACCAUGUCCUCGGGUCUAUCUCUCGUGGGUGCCAAAAAGUACG